AUGGGAUUAGCACGGACACAAAGUCCAAGCAAAGAUCCAAAUUUGGUCACUUGGUCUGGCCCAGAAGACCCUGAAAAUCCUCUCAAUUGGAGUCGCCCUGCAAAAUGGGCCGCAGUGCUUAUCGUAUCGUCGUUUACGUUCAUCUCUCCCGUGUCGUCUACCAUGGUGGCACCGGCUUUAGCCGCCAUAGGAAAGGAAUUUGGCAUUACUUCGUCCAUGGAGCAAGUCUUGGUCAUGUCUAUAUUCCUUUUGGCCUAUGCUGUCGGACCAUUUUUGCUGGGCCCUCUGUCUGAGAUAUUUGGCAGAGUAGCUGUCCUGCAGUUGGCAAAUCUGUUCUACUUGGUAUUUAACACUGCCUGUGGCUUUGCGCAAAAUAAGCAACAAAUUCUUGCCUUUCGGUUCCUCAGUGGCCUUGGAGGAAGUGCGCCGCAAGCUCUGGGCGGAGGAGUCAUUAGCGAUUGUUGGAGAGCUGAGGAGCGUGGAAAGUCCAUCGCAAUAUACAGUUUGGCUCCGUUUAUUGGCCCCGCUGUUGGCCCUAUUGAAAAGGAAACCCCCUCCAAAAAAGCCUGUACGAAGCUAACUACCCGCAAAGCUGGAGGUUUUAUGGCAAAACAUACUACCUGGCGUUGGAUUUUUUGGUCCGUCUCCAUUGCUGACGCAGGAGUUCAGGCCGUGGCUUUCGUAUUCCUCAAGGAGACUUAUGCUCCUAAACUUUUGGCGAAUAAAGCCAAAAAACUACGACGGAGCACUGGAAACAAUGCACUGCGGACCAAAUGGGAAAUGGAAAACCGUUCAUUUGGUAUGCUGUUGCGCAAAAGCCUCGUCAGGCCGUUCAUCAUGCUUGGUACACAGCCAACAAUUCAAGCCCUCGCGUUGUACCGAGCGUAUUUAUAUGGCCUCAUGUAUCUGGUCUUAUCCUCAUUCCCCCUAGUCUGGGAAGGAGUCUACAAGCAAACCACCGACAUAGCAAGUUUAAAUUACCUAUCCCUCGGUAUCGGAUUCGUGAUAGGUCUGCAAAUAUGUGCUCCAAUAAUGGACAGGAUCUACAUCCGCCUAAAAGCCCACUAUAACCACCCAGGCCGCCCCGAAUUCCGCAUCCCCCUAAUGAUACCCGGCGGACUCCUCGUCCCCAUCGGCCUCAUGACCUACGGUUGGACCGCCCAACCUCACAUCCACUGGAUAAUUCCCAGCAUCGCUUCUGCGAUCUUUGCAACGGGGCUCAUUAUCGGCUUCCAGUGCGCACAAGCAUACAUUGUAGACGCAUAUACGCAAUAUGCUGCUUCUGCAACAGGCGCCGCUGCCUUUUUACGGACGUUGGCUGGGUUUAGUUUCCCGCUGUUUGCGCCGAGUUUGUAUGCGCGGUUGGGUUUGGGUUGGGGAAAUGCGUUGUUGGCGUUUAUUUCGGCGGGGAUGGGGAUUGUGGCGCCUGCGCUGUUGUGGAGGUAUGGGGAGUUUUUGAGGGGGAAGAGUACUUAUUGUGCUGGGUGA